AUGCAGAUCGAAAAUGGUGAGCUGCAACCCGAGGCUUUAGAACAGCUGCCGAAAAUAGACAGUUCGUGGCUGCAAAGGUGGCGAAAAGCGUACCACGUGAGCUGGCGGGCUCGCACGGUAGCAUACAAAGUCCCGAGGGAAAAGCUGAAGCAGCGCUUGGGUGUUCUCUGGCGCAACUGCAUCCGGCUGCGCACCCUACACCGGCUUUGCUUCGGUGAGAAGGGGAAGCUCAGAUUCCGCUCGUACGAUCAAAAGCCGCUAUUCUUCAACAGCCUGGAUGGUUGCAGAACACUCGCUCUUCGCGGUGUGAAGGACGUGAACGUGAAAGAGAACGUCCACGCGACAAGAUGCCGAUUCACGGCGAUGACGAAGGCAAUCCAACUUUCGGCAGGAGAGAACAUCUCCGACGCCUGCCGUCGGUCCAACGGCAGUGGCGACCCGAGAAACAUCGCUGUACUUUUCAAAGCAGAGACUGAUCGGAUUAAGACGGCCUUGGACGUUCCCAAUGGAUGUCUCGUGCAGUGCGGCCCGAAGGGGUCGUACCGUGUCGAGCAUGUGCUCGACUUCUUGAAGUGGGAUUUGGGCAAAGCAGACAGCAAUGACGGAAGCGAAUGUGAAGUGGUCGUGUUGGACUGGUUCAGCGCUCACUUGGAUCCAUCCGUCGACGAUCUCAUCAAGGCUCGCGGACAUGUUCCUUUGAAGCUGGGUGGCGGGAGCACGCCAUUUGUGGCCGUGCUCGACACUCACGCCCAUUGGUCUUACGAGGCAGCAUACAAGGACGCAGAGGUGCACGACAGUGCAGCGCAGCUCCGAAGGGGAAGCGUGCUGCCAUGCACCUCCAGACAAACCGUCCUUUCUCGCGCUGUCGACAGUUGGCGUCAAGUGCAGCACGACAGAGUAAGCGAGGGUUGGGUCGCAGCUGGCAUCACCAACGCGCUGGAUGGUUCGGACGAUCAUCUCUUGUCGCGCGUGGUGCUGCCAUUUUGGGCAGAGCUACAAAUGGACACGGCCAGGCAGCAACUCAUUGCGGAGAUCGAAGAUGCAUAUGCCAAUGGCCAGAUUUCAGAAUGGUCCGAGUACGAGAAUGUCUUGGAGCCCUACGACGAGCACAGGGCCUUGAUUGAAGGGGAAGAAGCAUGGCCAGAAGAAAUGCUGGAACCCACAGCAGAGGACGGAUAUGAGUCGCCCGACAAUCCUGACUACGCGGACAAGCUCUUCGAGGAGGAUGAUCGCGCAGACGAGGUCGCAAAGCUUGCUUCGGCCAAAGAUGCUGCGUCAUUGCAAGAGAAAGCCCAGAAAGAAGUGGCAGUGGAGAACGACAAGAAGCAGCUGGAACAACUCGUAGCCAUGCGAUCGACAAUGCAGGAGCUUGGUGACACAGCCACCAAAAACUUUCUGGACCAGCGCAUCCUGGAUGUCCGCAAAAGACAAGCUCGACCGAACGAAGCCGUGAGUGUACACUUGCGUGCAAAAGCUCUUGAACGACGUGCUGAAGAAGCCCAGGCGCGUGCAGAGGCAGCCGCUGCAAGGGAGAAGUGGCGGCAACUCCAGCAAGAGCAAAAGACAGCAGAGCUUGCGCUGCAGAAGGCCAAGGCGGAGAAGUCCAGUGCACAGGCUGCUUGCAAACUGAGGCUGGAAGAUGCAAAGUUAGCGCGAGCUGCCGAGGCACAGCAACGCGCAGAGCAGUCGCACAUUGAUCAGUUGACCAAGAUGUUCUUUGCCAGCAGGAUGGCGAACAGAUUGCUAAACUGGUCACUGGAAACUGGCAGCAAGUCCGAGAAGUCUGCUUUGGCCUGCUCUGUUGCCAAAGCAUGCAAGCAGAAACUCGGAGAGAAGAGCAUGCCGGUGCCAGCGUUCCUGGAUGCGAGCCGAAAGGAUUUGAAGAUGGUGAACCCGAAUGGCAGCAAGAGCGAUGCGAAAAUUUGGGCCUCCGAAGCAUUCUGCUGGCGUUUGCUGAAUCACAGAACACCGGAAAGCACAUCUGCAUUGCACCGUGCGCCUUGUCUACUGUUAGACCAGCUUCUGCGGAACACUUGCCCAGGUUACGAGUCCUUGUGCAGCAAGCGAUGGUCCGGCAGAGCCUUGCUGGAAGAAUCGCAGAACAUUGCUGACAUUGCAUUCUUGGCAGGGGUGUUCCGCUUCUCAGCUGCUGUCGGUGUGACGGCAUUCCCACUGGGACUUCACGAGUGGCCAGUGACGGCUGCGUGGUGGCAGGACUUCUUGGCUGCGAGUGGCAAGGGCAGUGGCAGUGCAGCAGCUGCAGCCAGCACAGGCCAAGACGGCUAA